UUCUAUCACAGUUCUCUUACGCUAUUACGCUCGAAGCUCCAUGGCUUCAUCUCUUGCUCCACGCCGUGCCGCCUCCUCUCCUCUCCUCGCAAAACUUGUCGGCACAAUCCGGGUUGCCUCUGCUUCUCGCUCCUUCAAUACCAACGCUCAGGUGGCCGACUACGAUGAUGGCGAAGACCGCCGCACCGUCUCUCGCCCCCGGUAUUCUCCUUCUAAUCUCUUUGCAGAUGCGUUUGAUCCGUUUUCUCGGACGAGAAGUUUGAUCCAGACGCUGAACUUGAUGGAUCGGUUCAUGAAGAGCCCAUUAGUGGCAGCAGCAAGAGGCAUGGGAGCUGUGUCGAGAAGAGGAUGGGACGUGAAGGAGGAGAAAGACGCUCUGUUCGUGAGAAUGGACAUGCCGGGACUGGGGAAAGAGGACGUGAAGGUGUCAGUGGAGCAGAACACACUCACGAUCAAAGGCGAAGGAGGCGAAAAAUCGGAGAACGAUGAGAGUGGAAGGAAAUACACCAGCAGAAUCGAUCUGCCAGCUAAGAUGUACAAGUUUGAUGAGAUCAAGGCAGAGAUGAAGAAUGGUGUACUGAAGGUGGUGGUUCCUAAAGUCAAGGAAGAUGGGAGGAAAGAAGUGUUACCAGUCGAUAUCGAUUGAGGUUCAACCUUCUGUUUUUGCUUGCAAAUUUUUCACUCUAGGGUUUGUUUAUCUUUUUAUUUAAAUCUAAAUAGAACUAAUAAUAUUAAGGAGGAUUAAAUAAUUAGGUUUAUUUUAUUUUAUUUUUAAUUUUUA